UUCUUCUUCCUUUGGGGCUGGGAGGCCAGGAGGGGAUGGAGCUCCGCCGGAGAGAUGCCCAAGCGAAGAAGCAGAAGAAGCAGAAGAGGAGAAGGAUGCUGCUGCUGCUGGGGAUGGAGGUGAUGGGGAUCCUUCUGCUGGUGCCAGGAGGGCUGGGGGCCCUGGCAUUGCCCAGUGGCCAGGCCAUCUGCCGGGGAGGAACCCAGCGGCCGUGUUACAAGAUCAUUUACCUCCAUGACGUUGGGCGCAGGGUUGGCUUUAAGGAAGCCCUCCAAGCCUGCCGAAGAGAUGGAGGAGACCUGGUCAGCAUCGAAUCGCAGUCGGAGCAAAACCUGAUAGAGAAGAUGAUUGCCAGCGUUUCGGCAUCGGAUGGUGAUUUCUGGAUCGGACUGACAAGGGAAGAAGAUCCGGACAACAGCACCGAAUGCCAGAACUUGUACUCAUGGUCCGACGGGAGUUUGUCCACCUUUCGAAACUGGUAUGCCGAUGAGCCCUCCUGCGGCAGCGAAAUCUGUGUCGUGAUGUAUCACCAGCCUUCAGCACCUGCUGGCGAUGGGGGCCCUUACAUGUUUCAGUGGAACGACGACAGAUGCAACAUGAAGAACAACUUCAUCUGCAAAUACGCCCAGGACAAACCAACAGUUGCACCAGAAAUGAAUGCUUCUGUAUCAGUGGUUGUCACAGAGUCCUUGAUACUCACAUCUCCAGAAGAGGCCAUUCGAGAAGAUAUAACAAAUAAAACCCUCAAAGAAGCCAAAGAACCCAUCUGGAGCCUUGUGUACAUCUUGGUCCCCAGCAUCCCUGCCUUGCUGCUCCUCUUGGUCAUUACAGGCAUAUUCUGUUUUUGGCUUUCUGCAAAGAGGAGACGGGAGCAAACACAGGUGAACGUGAAGGAACAUGAAACCUGGGCAUCCCCGAAGAGGCAGAAAAGCCCCAGUCUGGAGAUAUACAAUGUGAUUAGAGAACAGUCAGAAGCAGAUCUUGCUGGGACCAGACCAGACAUUAAGAACUCCUCUUUCCGGAUCCGUUCUGGAGAAGAUACUCCUGAUGAUCUUUCUGGAGACUAUGACAAUAUGGCAGUCAACACUUCAGAAAGUGGCUUUGUGACAUUGGCUAGCACUGAGAGCGGGUUUGUCACCAAUGACAUAUAUGAGCUGUGUAAUGACAGAGUGGGGCGAAGCAAAGAAUCAACCUGGGUAGAAAAUGAAAUCUAUGGAUACUGAAGAAGGUGGUUGGCAUACCAGUCAAAACCAUCCAUUUCGAGCCUAGUCUGGCACAUAUGCAAACAUAUCCCCAGUAUGCAAAGGAAUGUGCUUGUGUUUUUUAUGAUAAGGGUGUCCUUUUUUAAAACUGAAAGUGGAACGUGAAAGAAUGUGUCUUUACAUAUGUAUGUAGAUCUCUUACUCAGCCAAGGAGAAUGGCCAUGCGUGAUCAUGAUUCCAUCCCUUGACAGAUCUACAUUGCCUAAUCUGCAACUUGGCAAUAUUCAGCAGGACAAUAUUUCUGUAGUUUGACAAUGUGUACUUAAAUCCAAAUUCUUGUUAUUUAAGCUAAUUGCCUGGUCCCAGAUGGUAUUUAUGAGUUGGGAUGUUUUCCUCCCAGUUCUCCAGCUAAAAAUACUACAGGUAUAGGCAAGCUGUCUCUAUCACCACCUGGGUUUUACUGGCUGGCUAGUCCCCAUCUAUUUUGUCAUUCUAAGAGUCAACCAUUAUUUUCCACUAAGUGGAGUUUUGGUUUUCUGCUCUGCAUAGCUAUCCAGUUUAUUUUUGCAGGAAGCACUUAGCUUUCUUAUUCCCAGUCCUCCAAACACGUGACGUGGAAAUAAAUGCCAUCAGAACCAAUAAAAAGUUACGACCAUUGGAUGCAACACACAAAACUAAACUCAUUCCAAGAACAUGAAAUAGGAAGAACUUGCAAAGUCUAUCCAGUCAAUGAUUAUGACAGGAAUCAAAGAUACUUCUAAAGGAUGUGGAGGGAAACCCAUCAGACACUUCUGUAUCUGAGAGAACUCUUGCCAAAAAGGCACUUUUAAGAAGGCGCUAGAAUAUUACAUGUUGCUGUAUAACAGACUUCUGUGUCAAGUUCUAUCAUAAGAGCUGAUGGAAAGAUAAAACACUGGUCGCUUAGUUCCAGAGGAAGCAGAAAACCAGGUGCUACCAGAUUGUCAGCCCUUUCACUCUUUGUAAUGGCGGCAAGCAUGCUGGAGACCGGAACAACUGUUUUCCUAAGAGUCCAGAUGUGGAUGGGAUUGCCAUGAAAGUACAGGCUUGAAAGGAUUUUUAAGUGACUGCAAGAAGCUUAGCCAAGGCCGCAUACACAACUGAUGGAGGUACCUAAAAGCAAAGGUGACGGAAGUCUCCAUGAGGAAUUUUCUUCUGAGAUUAGCAUUUGAAACCUGGCAAAUAGUGUACUUGAGAGGGACAAAUUCCCAGUCACAAGAAGGGAUGCUUCUUUCUCCUCAAACAUUAAAUAAGUUAUCCUUUGAAUUUGGUAGUUUGAAGACCUUACCUUUGAU